AGACACCAAACUACUAUUCCCCCAUUUAAUGGCAGUAUCAUCUCUUCUCCGGCGUUUCAAGUCGCCAACCACAUCCUCUCUUUGGUCUCUUACUUGUUCUUCUUAUCACAACUCUUUCUCGACACAAUGCUUUAUCCAACGAACGGCUUCACUCUCUGUUCCGACAGAAUCUCCUCCUGUCCCCAAAAAGAUCCCAUUCUCAGUCACAACUCAUGGCAUCACGAGACAAGAUCCUUACCGUUGGAUGCGAGAUACAAAAGACAAAGAUUUCCUCAACUACCUCCAUCGUGAGAACUCGUACACUCAAGCUUUCAUGUCUGACACAAAAUCCCUAAUGCGUGAUUUGGUCUCCGAGAUGAAAACUCGUAUCCCCUCAGAGAUUUUCACUCCCCCUGAGCGUUGGGGACCAUGGUUAUAUAGGCAAUACAUACCUAGAGGAAAAGAGUAUCCUAUACUCUGUAGGAGAUUGGACAAGGCUGAAACAAAGUGGCUCUCUGGUCUUUUCCGUAAAGGAGAAGCAGAAGAAGAAGUUGUUCUUGAUUGGAAUCAGAUUGCUGAACAGUUUGGUUAUGUUCACGUUGGUGUUUGUCGUGUUUCACCUGAUCAUAACUAUCUGGCUUACACGGUUGAUCCUAAGGGAGACGAACGUUUCCUUCUCCAGAUUAAGGAUCUUAGAAGUGGUUGUUUGGUUCCGAGGUUGGAAGUUGAGGGAGUUGUGAGCUUGGCUUGGGCUUUAGAUGGAGUCAACUUGUUUUACACUGUUGUAGAUGAACAUCAGAGACCUCACAGGGUUGUUGUUACAAAUGUUGAAUCAGACGGGAGAGAUGAUACUGUGGUUUUCUCAGAAAGGGAUUCCAGUUUCUGUGUUUAUAUCGUAGAUGCUGAUAAGCCACUGGCUGGUUUGCGAAGAACUCGUGAGAGAGUCCCUGGCGUGCAGUGUUUUCUUGAACAUCACAAUGGCUUCUUUUACAUUCUUACAAAUGCUCCCACAAAUGAAACUAGCGAGUGGUCUGGUGAAGGGUACUAUUUGACUAGGUGCCUCGUGGAGGAUAUUGAAUCAUCAGAAUGGCAGACUGUUUUCUGUCCAGAUGAUGAUGUCGUGAUUCAAGAUAUGGACAUGUUCAAUGACUACUUGGUGCUUUUCCUCAGUAAGAAAGGCUCACCGAUGCUAUGUUCCAUUGAUAUGCCCAUGAAAGCAAAUACGAAGCAUGUGGAGGAUCUUAAUCCCUGGUACUUUCCUCUUCCAGCUGAUCCAUGCAGUGUUGCACCGGGCUCAAACCACGACUUUCAAAGCUCAGUUUACCGACUGGUGCUUUCAUCUCCUGUGAUUCCUGACACUAUCAUCGACUAUGAUAUGUCAAGAAGAUCAUUCUCAAUCGUCCAUCAGGAGGGCAGAGUUGCAGACGAUCCUGAUAGUAGUACGCCAUGGUACUCAGCAAAUCACUCUACAGACAACAGUGGUGAACUUAAUGAUAGAACCAAUGAGGGAGAAAGUGGUCGGUUAGAUUCUCGAAUGCCUAAAUGGGAGGAACUACCUGAUGCAUAUGUUUGUGAAAGGCAAGAAGUUUCUUCUCACGAUGGAGUUGAAGUCCCUCUUACAAUUCUGUAUUCCCGUCAAGCAUGGAAGAAGAGUGAGUCCCCUGGAAUAUUGGUAGGUUAUGGUGCUUAUGGAGAACCUCUGGACAAAAGCUGGUGCACAAACCGAUUGAGCAUGCUUGAUCGUGGUUGGGUAAUUGCCUUUGCUGAUGUUAGGGGAGGAGGUGGUAGUGGGGAUUUUUCAUGGCACAAAUCUGGAACUGGGUCAUUGAAACCAAACUCAAUCCAAGAUUUCAUCUACUGUGCGAAUUAUCUAAUGGACAAGGGAUAUGUGCAUAGACAUCAUCUUGCUGCUAUUGGGUACAGUGCAGGAGCUCUUCUUCCAGCUGCAGCCAUGAAUAUGCACCCAAGUCUAUUUCAAGCAGCGAUUUUGAAGGUUCCUUUUGUAGAUGUGUUAAACACAUUAUUGGAUUCAAACUUACCACUCACACUUUUGGACCAUGAAGAGUUUGGUAACCCAAACAUCCAAACCGACUUCCGGUCCAUCCUUAGCUAUUCUCCAUAUGAUAACAUACGCAAAGAUGUUUGCUACCCGUCAAUGCUUGUCACAGCUUCGUUUCAUGACUCAAGGGUUGGAGUAUGGGAGGGUGCUAAGUGGGUGGCUAAGAUACGGGAGAACACGUGCCAAGACUGCUCACGAGCUGUGAUUUUGAAAACAAAUAUGAGUGGAGGCCAUUUCGGUGAAGGUGGUCUCUAUGCUCAAUGCGAAGAGACUGCCUUUGAUUAUGCUUUUCUUAUCAAAGUUAUGGGUUAUCACAACAAUAGAUAA